UAUUAUUCAUGCAACCUACUUUCUCAUGUUCCUGUUUUGAGUAUCUCUGUUCCCUUCCAGUACUUGGAACAAAUUAUCCUUGCAACCCAUUACUAUAUAGCAGGUGUAGGGGGAACUUUUGACCCUCCUGAUGUUACUGGACCACAGUUCCCAUCAUCCCUGUCCAUUGGCCAUGUCAGCUGGGGCAGAUGGGAAUUGUAGUUCAGCAUAUAUCUGGAGGGCCAAAAGUUCUCUACACCUACCAUAUAAGAUUGGUAAUUUAUGAAACACAAUUAUUUUAUCAUGUAACUAAAAAGAUGAAAUCAACCCAUUAUAUGCUGCCUUUAAAAAAAAUGAAAACUUGGGGGGGGGGUUAGAUAUUUGAGAAUGUAAUAAAGCUGGGAGAAGAAGAAGGAAGGAAUUUCAGUUUAAACAUUGAUUUCCUCUUUUAAAAAUCCAGCCCCGAUUCCCUAAUUCACAUCCAGCAACCCUGCAUAAAAAUGUUUUUUCUUAAGGUACAUGAGCCCUGCAAGUUUCCAAGGAAGGCAGCAACACGAAGAGAAGGCCAGGGAUGUGCAGCCACACCUUCUCUACCCUUUCCUAUUCCCACAAAAGUGUGUGUGUAAUUUUUAAACAGAAAAGGGCACAGGCAAUGCAUGAGCAAGUGGCCAACCACAGAGCCACCAUACUCCCACCCUUGCAAGCCGAUGUCUGUGUUUUUUACGCCAUGAUGAUACCUUGUCAUCUGAGGCUCCGACCACAGACCACAUUCUCUGUCACGCUCCUUGUUGAUAAUUAUACUUCUCAAAAACAAGCAAGAUGCAAAAGCAUCCCUGCAGGCAGCUCAGGCGGCAACAGAAGUGGAUUCCUGUCCUGUCCCUAAAACUUGCAGCUCAGAAAGAAGCAACACUGCACAUGCCUUGUGAUUGGGCUGCGGGCUGCCAUAGUCCUACCCUACCUCUGUUAAUUUAAUGUGCUGUGCUCCUCUUCCAUGUAAAAUUAUGUUGCCUCAGUUCAGAAAGGGGGAAGCCAGACUAUUGCUGCUGCUUCUGAGGCGCCAGGCACUCAAGUGAAAUGCUAAUACAACCGUAUGUUGUGCUCAUGUGCUUACUCUGUUUCUACCCUGGCGACGUCAGAUCAUGGGGCCCUCACCAUAGCAAUGGUUUGCUGCUGGAGUUCAAAAGUGUGGUUUGGCUCUUGAGAAGAUGGCUAGAAACCAGUAGAGGAAUGAGGUUUCCAUUCUUUAUCCAUUAUUCUGUUCUGCUGUUAUCAGUUGAUACAGAGGGCGGUGGGGGCACAGAAUUAUAGGGCAGCGCUACAGUCGGCCUGAGUGAAAUCUCAGUGCCCCUCCUCUUCCACAGCUCUUUAUACCUCCCUCAACCACUUACCCCCUCACAUAUUCCCCUUCUUUCCUCUCAAUGCACCCUCUUGCUCCUCUGCAGCACAGUUAAUACCUCCUUUAGCCCCAGCUACUUCCACCUGCCCCUUCCCCAACUCCCCCUCCUCUCCAGCAUUCCUCCCCUCCCACUUCCCUCGAGGCCUAAAAUUGCCACGCACACAAUGUUCCUGCCCUUCUAUAUGCCCUCUCAUUCCUCCCUAUUUCUCUCUUGCAGUAAGUGAUUGUGCCUUCCCGUUAUGCAGGUUAUUGUUGAGCUUUGCAGCACAGUACUGUAUCUCUCUCCUCUCCCCUGCUGCUGUCUCCACCCCUGUUCCUAACCAUUAGCCGGUGACCACAUGUUGGGUGGGCCACUUGCCUCUUGUGGUUUUCCUCUUCUGUCUGCAGCUCUCGGUUGCUAUCGCAGCCAGCUAGCACCAGACAGGAAGGUUACUUCCUUGUGCAACGGAGCAAGGCUGCUUCAGCUCUUUCUCUGUGAGCGGCUUCUUGUGUCUACGCAGCUUAGUUUCUUGGGGCUUCUGCUUUUGCUAUGGGAGGACUGGACUGCUAGAAGAAGCUGUCGGCAGCCAAAAUGGAUCCAGAGAGAGACGGCGGUAGUGAAGAAGCAGGCAAACAAUUGGAAAAUCCCAUGGCAGGAUCCUGUGAAAUCAGCAAUCUCAUCUCAAACUACUUCAGCGCCAUGUACCAGCCAGAAGAAGCACCACCCGACCCAGACCUACUGACCCACCUUGGAGAUGAUGAUAACCUUUCUCUCACUUUGUCUAACACCCAGAUGGCCACAGAGACAACAGGCAAGCCGACAUGGUAUGGCGAGAUGCCACACUGCUGGAGCAGGGCUCAAGUGCUGGAGUGGAUCAGCUACCACGUGGAGAAAAACAAGUACGAUGCCAGUGCCAUUGACUUCUCCUGCUGCAAUAUGGAUGGCUACACACUUUGCCAAUACACGCGGGACCAGCUGGGACUCAUCUUCGGGCCCCUUGGAGAUGAGCUCUAUGACCGCCUGCACGAAAUCACAUCUGUCCCGGAUGAACUUGGCUGGAUCAUGUCUGUGCUAAGGAGCGAAGAUGUCUCUCAAGAGGCCCUUCUGGACUCCAGCCCCAUUAGGUGAGGGGAAAAAUGUAAUCAGGAUUACCUGGAAGAGAUGAAGUUAGCAAACAUCUUCUCCCAGUCCGACCUUGGCUACAUCUCUGGGGCCAUGUCACCAGACAGCUCAGCUUCUCUAGCAGGGACAAUGUCUCAGAGCCCUCAGUCUCAGGACUCCGGUGGAAGUGACCUAGAUCUCGACCCCAUAGACAUGAAGCACUGCCACUUUUCUGAUGGUGACUACACAGAAUAUAAGAAAGAAGAUCUCAAGAAGCGGAAAAGGGGACGGCCCAGGAAGGUCAGCAAGGACAGCAGAGACUGCCUGGAGACCAAGAAAAGCAAACACUCUCCAAGAGGGAUCCACCUAUGGGAAUUCAUCCGGGACAUCCUAAUUCACCCAGAGAUGAAUGAGGGGUUGUUGAAGUGGGAAGACCGACGUGAAGGCAUCUUCAAGUUCCUGCGCUCUGAGGCGGUGGCUCAGCUCUGGGGGCAAAAGAAAAAGAACAGCAGCAUGACCUAUGAGAAGCUGAGCAGAGCCAUGAGGUAUUACUACAAGCGGGAGAUCCUCGAACGAGUGGAUGGCCGGCGACUGGUGUACAAAUUUGGGAAGAACUCCAGUGGGUGGAAGGAGGAAGAGGUUCAAGACAGGAGCUAAGAGCUGCAAGAGCCACACACGGACUUGGACAUGGCCCAUCCUUGCUCAGAGGAGCAUCUCUGAGCACAGUAUGCACUGACGUGGGCUCUGAGCCCCUUAAACUGCUAUCUCCAGCAGUGUGUGUUAGACUCCAGCCCUUCUAUGGGGCAAAGUGUGUGUUCUGGCUCCUAGCUGGGAGCUCAGGUAAUUACAGCUGAUAUUUUGGCUCAAGUAGGUUAUUGUGAACCAUUAUUACUUUGUUGCAAUUGGACUCUGGCUGACAUCUUGGCUCUGGAUAGGAUUACAACGCCUUUGGCUGUCUGCUGCACCGCACAGAGCUCAUCAAGGCAGAAGGGACUGGGUGUUCUCGGCAGUUUGCUUUGUCCCAGGAGGCCAUUCACAGGACACUCAACGGUCUGCUGAUUCACAGAGAAUGCCAUGGCCAACUGUGCAUAGGGAAGGAAGAUUUGCCACUGGUGCCUUCAGAAUAUGGGAAUGCUGAUACCCAGUUUGGAGUAGUAAUUGGAAGUGAAGCUUCCCACCCAGAUGCAGACUAGUUGGUGGCUAAUGUUCCUGUUUAACAGGCAGAACUUAGCUGGUCAGUCUUUGAAUGUAGGACUCCAAUAAUUAUGGAUUUCACAUUGCUUUGGAAGGCAGAGUUCAGGAGCCUCUUCAUUGGCUCUUCCCCAGUCAAAACAUUAUUGGGGGGGGUCUUCUUCCCAGAAAGCACAGCAGCCUUCCCUAUGAAUUGCAUCUUUUCACUCUUAAUUUAUGUGAUAUAUGUAAGUGUGUUUAUAUAAUGUACAUAGAUAUCUAUUUUUUUCAUAACUAAAGUUGUG